UUUAUUUAUUUAUUUAUUUAUUUAUCUCUUGGACUUACUGAAGGAAGCAUAAAAUCUUGAAACCCAAUGGACGGAUGCAGGCGCAGUGGAAGAGCCGCACAGAGGACGCACUUCUUUCAAGUGCUGAGCAUUCUUGACGGUGGGCUGAAUUCAUAUGGUUACUGCAAUAUAGAACUAUCUUCGUAACUGGCUUUCUCCGUGGUUCCGGCCACUCUCGGCUCUGAGGGUGGAUUUGGGCUUUCGGGACUUGAAGUUGCCCAUCCUGGUUCUCAGCACUCCAUCCGCUAACAGGGCCUGUUCUACAUGUUGCAGGGCCUCGUGGGAGGGCAGCUCUAUUUGAGCUGCCACCCGUGGGUAGUUCUCUUGAUUGUCUUCAUCUCUGAGCCCAGAGCAGUUGUCUUUCUCUUCAUGUAAAGAGUCUGUAUCUUCGUCACACUCAGUUACAGCGGCGCUGCCAGAGGAAUUAUCCUGAAGGCUUGGGCUGCUGUCUGCACAUGCUCCUGACGACACCACCCGCCCCACCCCCACCCCAAAACAAGCAUUUCUUAGUUGAGUAUAGGAUCCACAGCUCUGUAUUUAGCAGGUUGGCCACACUCAUUUGUUUUAUCUGCUUGCUCCCAAAGGGUACAUAAAGCGUCUGGCAUGUUGUGCUGAACACUUUAUAUCCAUUUUAUCCUUAGAGUAGAUGAAACCAUCACCCGGUAACAAAUGGGCAAAGGAGGCUCAAAGAGAACCACCCCUAAAUCCAAACUGCACAGACGGCCUCGGCACCAAUACAGAGCUAUAAAAGAUCUUGGGUUUACUUAGAUUCCCCACUGUCCAGCAUUCUUCAACAUCCCUCCAUUCCACCACCACAUUAAUCCUUUCAUCUCACCAGACAAAGACACACUGGUUUAUCUCAACGUAUACACAAAUGGAUUCCUUCCUAGAUCCACCGUUUUUGUUUUUUGUUUUUGCUGUUGUCUAAGCCUUUGGUAAACUCAGUAGUAUUUAAUGAAGGAACUGCUAUGUUCAGCUAAGAGAACACCCGGAGUGUGACAACGAUAGUGUCUGUAUUCUCUUAGUUAAAAAGCGGAGAGAGUCUGUGUCUAAGGUUCAGAGUCACAGAUCCAGGCAUAGCAUGUUGCAGAAUCCCGUCAGCAGCUAUUUAAGCCUGUCAAAGCUUGCCCCAUCACAGUUCCUUCCCGGACACCAACUCCUAGACACCAACUCCUAGGUCUAAAGCCGAGUCUUCAAACGGAGCCCGCCCUCCAGCCAGCCGGCCUGGGAGGAGCCUUCCGUUUCUCAGAACUCGCUCGCUGUCUCCUGGCAACAGCAGACGCGGGAAGCCUUGAGGGCCUUGUUGCGCUCUCUCAUUCGGCCCUGCUGGAGGCUGCUCCGGUGGGCCUCAGGCAUGACUUCCAAACAAGCUAAAAGGAAAGAAGUGCAUCGGAUCAAUUCUGCCCAUGGAUCAGAUAAAUCUAAAGAUCUCUACCCUUUUGGCAGCAAUGUGCCACCUGGUUCUUCCGAACAGAAGAGGGGAAAGUUCCCGAUCUGGCCGGAGUGGAGCGAGGCAGACAUAAAUGCUGAAAAGUGGGAUGCAGGCAAAGGUGGGAAGGAGAAGGACAAGACCGGCAAGAGCCCCAUCUUCCACUUUUUCGAAGACCCUGAAGGAAAGAUUGAAUUACCACAGUCAUUGAAAGUGUUUUCCUGGAAACGCCCGCAAGAUUUUAUAUUUAGCCGAAUUCCUGUAGUUGUGAAAAAUGAAAUGACGUUUGACUUGUUUUCAUCAAAUGGACAUUUACUCUGCAGUGAGCUUAUGAGGUGGAUUAUCAGUGAAAUCUAUGCGGUGUGGAAAAUAUUCAAUGGCGGGAUCCUAAGCAAUUACUAUAAGGGAAAUUCAGGAGAGCUUCCUAUUCUACCCUGGAAACCCUGGGAACACAUAUACUCUCUCUGCAAGGCCGCGAAGGGUCACAUGCCUUUGUUCAACAGCUACGGGAAGUAUGUCGUAAAGCUCUACUGGAUGGGCUGCUGGAGGAAGAUAACUGUCGAUGACUUCCUGCCAUUCGAUGAAGAUAACAAUCUACUGCUUCCAGCUACAACCUAUGACUUUGAGCUCUGGCCCAUGCUACUGUCAAAAGCUAUCAUUAAGCUGGCAAAUGUUGACAUCCAUGUAGCACACAGGAGAGAGCUGGGAGAACUCACAGUAAUCCACGCUCUUACUGGGUGGUUACCUGAAGUCAUCCCUCUUCAUCCAGCAUAUGUGGACAAAGUCUGGGAGCUCUUGAAGGAAAUACUGCCUGAGUUUAAGCUCACAGAAGAGCCCAGCUCUGAAAGCAAAAUCACAGUGAUAGAAAACAAACUGAAGGAACCCACAAAAGAGAACAAGGACGUCAAGGAUGGGAAGGACGGCAAGGACGGCAAGGACGGCAAGGAAGCGAAGGACGGCAAAGAAACGAAGGAUGGCAAAGAAACGAAGGAUGCAAAGGACUUCAAACCGGAAAUCUCCCUUACGACCCUGAAGGCUCCUGAGAAAGGUGACAGAGCUGCAAAGGAGAAAGCAGAUGCAAAAGACCUUGGGAAGAAGAAUAAGAAGGAUGGAGAGAAGGAGAAGGAAAGAUUCAAAUUUUCACUCCAUGGUUCCAGACCCUCAUCUGAUGUUCAGUACUCUAUGCAGUCCUUGUCAGAUUGUUCCUCAGCAAUACAGUCCCCUCAGAUGGUUGUAUAUGCUACCUUUACACCACUCUAUUUGUUUGAAAACAAGAUAUUUACAUUAGAGAAGAUGGCGAAUUCUGCGGAGAAACUUAGGGAAUAUGGUCUUUCUCACAUCUGUAGCCAUCCUGUGCUGGUGACCAGAAGUAGGUCUUGUCCCCUGGUGGCACCCCCCAAACCUCCUCCUUUACCUGCCUGGAAACUCAUUCGCCACAAAAAGGAAACAGUGAUCACCGAUGAAGCUCAAGAUGCUGUUCCGAAGAAGCCUGAGCAGUUUCUUGAGAUUUCAAGUCCAUUUUUGAAUUAUAGAAUGGCUCCAUUUACAAUCCCAACAGAAACGCAUUUUGUACAAUCUGUCAUUAAGAAAGGAACGCCGCUGGGAUCCAGUCUUCCUCCCCUUGUGGAAAGUGAUUUAGCUGCAAGUACCAGCCAAGGGGAGAUGAGCAUAAUAGCUGGAAAUCAGUCUCAGGCCAAUAUUGCAUUACAAACCACACCUGGAAAAGAUGAACCCUCAGAGCCUGCCUUGGCGGAUGCCCACCAACUUGAGGCUAUUAGCUUAGAAAGGGACUUGAUUAGCUUGACUACAGCAACACUGGACAAGUCACAGGAAGAGCUAGCAGUAAACGAAAGUGUUUCCAAAGAAAUAUGGCUAGAUUUUGAAGACUUUUGUGUGUGCUUUCACCAUAUAUAUAUUUUCCACAAGCCAAAUUCUUAUUGUCUUAAUUUUCAAAAAUCAGAAUUCAAGUUCAUGGAAGAGCGUGUGCCCUACUAUCUCUUUGUGGACAGCCUGAAGCCUAUUGAACUACUGGUUUGCUUUUCUGCUUUGGUGCGCUGGGGGGAAUCUGGAGCCUUAACAAAAGAGAGUCCUCCUGUGGAGCCUGGGCUCCUGACAGCUGAAGCCAUCACCUGGAAGUCCCUGAAGCCUCUUAGUGUUGUUCUGAGGAUUCACACCUAUGCUACGAAGGCCAGCAUGGUGCGUCUGCCUGUUGGGAGGCAUAUGCUGCUCUUCAAUGCAUAUUCCCCUGUGGGGCAUGCCAUACAUGUCUGCAGCAUGACAACAUUUGUCAUUGGUGAUGAAGAUGUUGUACUGCCCAACUUUGAGCCGGAGAGCUACCGAUUUACAGAACAGUCUGUAAUGAUUAUGAAGGCUAUUGGCAAUGUGAUUGCUAAUUUCAAAGACAGAGGUAAAUUGCCUGCAGCUCUGAGGGAUCUGCAGGCAGCUCACUACCCUAUCCCCCUCAACAACAAAGAACUCACGCUUCAACACUUCCGGGUUUUCCAUAUAUCAUUGUGGCGUUUAAUGAAAAAAUCUCAAGUAGCCAAGCCUCCUUUAAACUUCAAAUUUGCAUUUCGGGCUAUGGUUUUAGACACGGACUUGCUGGAUUCCUUCUCAGAGGAUGCCUCUUUAGCGGAAUGGGUAGACCUUAAAUAUUCUAUGCCAGUAAAUGAAAAGGAGUAUUCUCCCGAGGAAAUAGCUGCUGCGGUGAAAAUUCAGUCCAUGUGGAAAGGGAACUAUGUCAGACUGCUCAUGAAAGCCAGGACACCAGAAACAAAGGAGAAUAUCAGUGUUGCAGAUACACUUCAGAAAAUUUGGGCAGUAUUGGAGAUGAAUUUGGAGCAAUAUGCACUGUCUCUCUUAAGACUAAUGUUUAAAAGCAAGUGUAAGUCUAUGGAGUCCUACCCAUGCUAUCAAGAUGAGGAGACCAAGCUGGCCUUUGCUGACCACACCGUGAACUAUACAGACCAGCCACCAAAUUCCUGGUUUAUAGUAUUCAGAGAAACAUUUUUGGUUCCUCAAGAUAUAAUCUUACUCCCCAAAGUAUAUACUACACUCCAGAUAUGCAUGCUGCAUGUUAUUAACAAUGACACGUUGGAGCAGGUGCCAAAGGUGUUUCAGAAAGUGGUGCCUUACCUUUACUCCAAGAACAAGAAGGGAUAUACAUUUGUGGCUGAAGCGUAUACUGGUGACUCAUUCGUAUCAGGCUCACGAUGGAAACUGCGGCUCAUUGGCUCUUACAACCCACUCCCGUUUCUCGCCCGUGACACUCCAUGCAGCACCUUCACCAUAAAGGAAAUCAGAGACUACUAUAUUCCUAACGACAAGAAAAUUCUGUUCAGGUACUCCAUUAAAGUGACAAUGGCACAGUCUAUUACAAUACAGGUCCGCACAUCCAAACCCGAUGCCUUCAUCAAGCUGCAGGUGCUGGAAAGCGAGGAGAUCAUCAUGAGCACUGUGGGCAAAGGGCAAGCCCUCAUCCCAGCCUUCUACUUCCUGGGCAAUGAAAAAGCAUUGAGCUCCCAGUCUAGCAAGCAAGUUCUCUUAACUCACACCUUACCUAAGAAAGAACCAGAAGUGCUGACCAAGAAAAAAGCUGGGCAACCAGGCCAGAAAUCCUUCAAAGGAAGAACUGGAGGAGGAAUGACAGAGACAGGAAUGCCUCUGCUAGAAGAAGAAGUUAUGAGCGUACCCACUAUUGAAGAAAAUUCCAGCACACCACAACAGUGCUACAAGUACAUCAUACAGUGCUUGGUGUUGUUUAACAGCUGGCCUCUGAAUGAAACUCAGCUGACAUUUGUUCAAGCACUAAAAGACAUGGAGAAAAUUGACAUCAAAGCUCAUGUAGAGAAACAUGAAGAACCAGCUCCCAUGGGAAGCCCAGAUUCCCAUGCUGUCAGUGAAGGGCAGAAAUCUGUAGGAAUGCCCAAAACAACACGGAAAGGCAAGGAGAGGUCUGCCGAGAAAGAAAAGUCGGCCAGGGAAAAACAAACUCCUCGGUUUGAACCUCAGCAAAUGCAAGUGCCCACUGCUGCUCACUCUCAGCAAGAAGAUCCAAACAAGCCCUACUGGACCUUGCGGCUGGUCUCUGAACACACCGACUCAGAAUACGUGGAUGUGAAAAAGGACACAGAACGAGCCGAUGAGAUACGGGCCAUGAAGCAAGCUUGGGAGACGACAGAACCCGGGAGGGCCAUCAAGGCUUCCCAGGCCCGUUUGAAGUACCUGACCCAAUUCAUUAAGAAGCCACCUGAAACCUCUGCCCCUGCCACCAGCCCUGAGGCUUUGUCUGUGACACAGAGCCAAAUUAAAUCCUCAGAAGAAGGAGAACAAGCAGGAGGUACUGGGAAAGAUGCAGACACAAAAGAACUGCCACCAACCGCAGCAGGAAGUAUGCUGUGGAAAAAGUGGCAACUGACCAAGACCCUCAGUGUUCUGUCAAAAGCCACAAGCAGUGAGAGUUCACCGAAGGAAGAGCCACCACGGAAGGAGAUCCCUGUGGUGGUCCAAUCACGAUCUCCGACAAUUUUGGAAACAUCUCCACAACAAAUUCGUAAAGCACUAGAGUUUUUGGAUUUCAAUCACUAUGUACGGAAAACAGCUGAUGAGGCCGUGCUGCAGACAGAUGAACUGAGUAAGCAUCAGGCGAUGCAGAAGGCAGAGGAGAUCCACCAGUUCCGGCAGUACCGCGCCCGUAUCCUCAGCAUCCGAGACAUCGACCAGGAAGAGCGCGUCAAGCUAAAGGAUGAGGUUCUGGACAUGUAUGGGGAGAUGCGGGACUCCGUAGAUGAAGCCAGGCAGAAGAUCUUUGACAUCCGGGAGGAGUACAGGAACAAGUUGCUGGAGGCGGAGCGUCUGAGGAUGGAGGCGUUGGCAGCGCAGGAAGCCGCAGUGAAGUUGGAGGCGGAGAAGAAGACCGCAGCCUCUGACCCACAGAAGAAGAAGAAAGGAGGAAAGAAAAAGUAGCGCCGCCCCACGUUGCACUAUGCCACAGCGGGAGCGUCGGACGCACUGUCAGUCACGGUGCCUCUUGGUCAAACAUUAGAUCAACUGAACCAGAGAAAAUGUCCCGCACUCAUGGUUAAUACAUUUUAAUGUUAACAUGUUGGUUUUUGCUACAAAAUAUUUGAAGGCACUAGCUUCUCAAAUGUUCUAAUUUCAUUAAAAUCGUUAACAAAUGCUCAA